AUGGCAUCCCUCGACCACGCCUCGGGCCUGCCCCCGGCCCUGCGCAGCAGCCACCUCGGCGGCGACGGCGGCGGCAAGAGGCUCGGCGCCAUCCUCACCCCGCCCCGCUACAGCGCACGCACCCGCACCAUCCUCUCGCUCCUCGCCAUCGCCGGCAACACGAUCCUCAUCACCUUUUUCAACGGCGCCAUCACCGUCGCGCUCCCCUCGAUUGCCAAAUCCAUCGACAUGCCCCAGAACAUGCUCUCCUGGCCCCUCGCCAUGUUCUCCCUCACCUCGGGCGCCCUCCUCCUCUUCUCGGGCGCAAUGGCCGACGCCUUCGGCCGCAGAAACGUAUUCCUCUGCGGCAACGUCGUCUUCUUCCUCCUCUGCCUCGCCAUCUCGUUUGUCACCACCACCGACGCCUUUAUCGGCUGCUGCGCCGGCCUCGGCAUCGGCGCCGCCCUCCUCAUCCCUGCCGGCGUCGGCAUCCUCGGCAGCUCCGUCCCCGAGGGGAAAAUGAAGAACCAGAGCUUCGCCAUGCUCGGUGCAGCUCAGCCGACAGGCUUCAUCAUCGGUCUUAUUCUUGGCGGUCUCCUCUCAAACCGCUGGCAGAUCAUCUUCUGGGUGCUCACCGCCUUUGCCGUGGGCUUCGGCGUGUGUGCGUUCCUCGGACUGCCCGGCGACGACGAGAAGCUCCUCUCGCCAUCGUCGUCGACCGCCGACCUCGUCGGCCAGAUUCACACCCCACGGCACGGCGACAGCACCCUCAGCAGCGCAGUGCCGACUGCGGCCAUGGCAAGCGUCACGAGCCUGCCCAUGGCUGCCCGCGGCGCCGCCGCCUCCGAUGUCCCGCUCACGGCAACGAACGGCGAGAGCGUCCGAUCGCUUCGGCUCAAGACGUUUGACUGGUUCGGCGCGGCCAUGUCGACGACGGGCCUCAUUAUGCUCACCUUCGCCCUUGCCGAUGCCGAGUCGGCGCCGAGCGGCUGGAGGACGUCGUACGUCAUUGCCCUCAUUGUCGUCUCCCUCUUCCUCCUGGCCGCCUUCCAGGUGUGGGAGCGCCGCCUUGAGCGGCUGCAGAGGACCUACGAGCUGGGCUCGUCGGGCACCGCGCAUCUGCCCGUCCGCAACGCGACCUUUAUCCGUGGCCCGCCCACGGCGCCGCUGCUGCCGCCGGCCAUCUGGCGCGCGCCCAAGUUUGGCGCCGUGAUUGCCGUCGUCUUUCUGGCAUGGGCGGCGUUCAACGUGCUCUCGUACUUUUCCACCCUCGUCUUUCAGGAGGUGCAGCGGCAGUCGGCCAUGAAGACGUCGCUCCUCUUUCUGCCCAUGAUUGGCGCCGGGCUGGCGUGCAACGGCUUCACGGGCCUCGUCAUGGGCCGCGUCAAUGCCCUCUGGCUCAUUGUCGCCGGCACCGCCCUGGGCGCCGCCGCCGCGCUCAUCAUGAGCAUCGGCGUCGAUGCCACCACGCCCUACUACAAGGGCAUGCUCUGGGUCAUCAUCUUCCAGGUCGGACCGGAUCUCUUCUUCCCCGCCGGCAACCUGUACGCGUGCAAGUCGCUGGGACGACAGCACCAGGCGCUAGCCGGAUCCCUCUUCAACACGACGGUGCGCGUCGCCACCUCGCUCGGUCUCGCCAUUUCGUCGACGAUCGCGACGGCCGUCACCAAGAUGCACUCGCACGCCCCUUCCCCCGCCGCACCGAUGCUGGAGCGGCGUGGCGAUGCGGUCGCGUCGUCGCCCUUUCUUCUCCUAACGCGUCGUGCCGCAUCCUCGCCGAUGGGGGAAGGGGUGUAUACGAUCGAGGCACUCAUGAAGGGCUACCAGGCAGCGGCGUGGUUCUGCUUCGCCUGCAGCCUCCUCUCGAUGGCCGUCGCCUUCGCCUACCUCCGCAACAUUGGCAUCGUCGGCGACCUCGAAACCAAAGAGGAAAAAGCCAUCGAACUGUCCCGGCCGUCGUCGCCGGCGGCGUCGGGCCCGGCGUCGGCGAAGUUGGCGUCGGGAUCGCAGCACUCUGCGCCUCCCCUUUCCAAGGAUGUCGCCGCUGUCGUUGUCGCCGACGAGGACGGGACGAGGGCGGUGGAGAAAAAGGAGAGGAGGCAUGUCGAUCCCGCCCGCAGCAGGUGA